UGGUCGUUUUCCAACAGGAUCCGGUAUGGAGUGGUUUACAACUGGCAUGUACAUGAAGAUGCAGUCAUUAUUAUGAUAUUCUUCGAAGUAUCAGACUCCUGAUGCGGUACACCAUACAAACAGCGAUGCUUGUCAUUGCUCUAUCGUGUCUCCUCCUCUCGACACGGAUAUCCGCUCGCGCUCUACCAGAAUAUGAGACCGGUUUCCAAUCUGUGGUUCAGUCCUUAUGGCAAACGACCAUCCCACCCUUUUACAAAUACGCCACCGGCUGUGCAUUCACAUCGACACUUACCGAUGCACAAACCGAAGCCGUCGUUUUCCCAACAUACGCAAACUGGACUGGGACAAAUUGGCGCGCCCUCUUCCAUGGCUUCCUCUUCCAAGAGCCCUGCAUGUCAGAGGAGAGAAUUGACACACUCUCAAAUAUCAUCCUCAGCCUGGCUGGUGUUUCUGUCAGUGACAUGCACCCGGCGCAAAGAGAUCAUGUACGGGAUGCUUCGAGGGGAAUCUUCACCAUUCCGAAGAAAGGCCACGUAAUAUAUCCGCACAUCAUCCUCCCAUCUGGCCGGACAGGCACCGUGAUUUCCACGACCGACCGGAACUCAGUGACCUCCGACAUAAUGGGCGAUUUCCGCGAUUUUUUUGACAUCUGUGUUGAUUGCGGCGUUUUCGACGGUGACCGUACGAACCGUAUUCAAAUGCUGAAAUGGAACAUGUCCAAGGCCACCAUGGCCCCCUCUGUCAAUUACAAAUGCCCGAACAUCUUCCUGGUCCCUCCCGACCAUGGUCUUACCUUCGUCUCGGACGUCGACGAUAUCCUCCGCAUCGUGAAGACUUGGCGCCCGGCCUAUGCCAUCAUGACGCUAAUCGCCUGGGAUUUCACGCCGUGGCUGAACAUGCCCAACAUUUACCGCUACUGGGCCGCGAGAUGGCCGAACACGCACUUCCACUACCUCUCCGACUGUCCCGACACCUUCAGCCCUCUAUACCUCGACUUCCUCAACAAGCACUACCCUUGCGGCAGCUUCGACGACCGCGCCAUGUCCACCGUCAUGGGCUCUCGUGAGCGGGCGCACCGUCAGGUCAUCGAGAGCUUCCCCAAGCGGAAAUUUGUGCUGGUGGCCGACACGGGGAACCCGAGCAAUAUGAUCCUGUUCCCGAAGCUCGCGAAGGAAUAUCCGCAGAUCACAUGCAUCCUGAUCCGCAACAUCACCGUCACCGACCCUAGCCAUUACCUCCAUUUCGACCUCCGCGAGUUCGAGACGCUGGAUCCGGACCGGUAUAUGUUCUUCAACGUGCCGAAUGACCUGUAUGGGAUCGACUUCAAGAGGGGCGAGUGCCGGAAGCAUCACAUCCACCCGGUAACCCCGCCGGAUGAAACCGAUUCUCGGGUUACACCGCUUGGGGCGGCCAUGACUACGGCGCGAGCCUGGUUUGGGUGGAAGUGGUGGUGCAUGUGGUGGGGGGAUCCGAGUAGUGAUGAAUGUCGCCUGAUUCAAGGUGCGGAGCCGCCGUGGACUUGGGAACAGGUUGUAAAUCAGAAGGUCACCUAAAGCUUUGUGUGGUCGCGGGUUUUGUGCUGUAUUCGACAUUUUCUCGGAUGUGAAGCUCGUUCGGUUACCCUCUGGCGUUGUGGUUGGAGCGAUGUGGUUGGUUGAUAUGGCCUAAUUGGUCCUCAAAUACCGCUCUCCUCAGUUCAAUCAUAUCAUGCAUUCUUGGUUGUGCCUAAUUCUAAGUCAAUUCGUUGUCCAACGUAGGGUAGGAUGAAAUGGUCAUGGAGGACAGAAGAAGUCUGGUCAGGUUCCUGA